CCAACGUUAUUAACAGAGGUUUCAAAUUUCUUAUCGCAAACCCUAUUCAAACCAUAAAAGAUUCCCACAAUCCAAAUCACCACCAACACGAUUCUCUCCACAAAUAAGAUUCCAAUCUUCAACAAUUUAAGAUACAUUAAUAUUUCCUUUCAAAUCAACCACAAAAUUUGAAGACAACCCCACCAAUUUAUUUGAAAAAUAAAAAAAGUUGAUGAAAUGUUGAAGGCUUGGAGAUGGUAUAAACAUUGUUUAGCUGCACAUCCAUUGAAAACACAGGUACUCAGCUCCGGUAUCAUUUGGGGACUUGGUGAUCUUGCAGCCCAGGCUGUUACACGCGUCACCGCUACCAAGAAGAAUUACGUUUUUCAUUCUGAAGAUGAAUGCGAUCUACGGAUCAACUGGAGACGUGUGGUUACCACGAGCAUUUUUGGGAUAGCGUUUGUUGGCCCGAUUGGGCAUUUCUGGUAUGAAGGUCUAGACCGGUUUUUGAUAUUUAGACUUCAAUACCCGCCAAAGUCGAUGCGAUUCGUUGCUACGAAAGUGGCACUUGACGAAAUCAUAUUCGGGCCGAUGGAUUUACUAGUGUUCUUCACUUACAUGGGUUUUGCAUUGGGGAAAAGCGUUACUCAAGUUAAGGAAGAGUUGAAACGCGAUUUCCUUCCGGCACUAAUCGUAGAAAGCGGGACAUGGCCCAUUGUUCAAGUGAUCAACUUCCGAUUCGUACCCGUGAGGUAUCAGCUUCUGUAUGUAAAUCUUUUCUGCUUCUUGGAUAGCUGCUUUCUUUCAUGGCUUGAGCAACAACAAGAUGCUUCUUGGAAACAAUGGUUUAGAAGUUUUUUCGUUGAUAAAGUUAGAAGGCGGGGUGGAUGAGUCCCUCUUACCGAGUCAACUCACUCAUCUUCUCGAAAACUAUUGACUCAGAUAGUUAAAGUUCUAGCUUCGGUUACCUUUUUCGUCAUAUGCUAGUUUUACGAGAGAUAUCGUGAGGAGAAAACAAGGAAGUUUUUUACGAAUGUAAAUAUUCAUACUAAUUUUCUAAUAUCACUUUUGUUUC